GCGUGCGCAGAGCGCCGAUGUGACUUGAAGAUGUGAGCUAAGAGGAGCGGCGCGUGAGCGGAGAUGUGACUGGUGGGACCUACGGCGGCUCGCGGAGGAUGGUCGCCCUGCUGGGCGCGAUGACCCUGGUGCUCGUCGCCGUGGCGCCAUGGGUGUUGCCCGUAGCUGCAGGUGGGAAAAAUCUAAAAUCUUAUCAAAAAGUAGAAGUCGACAUCAUAGAUGACAACUUUAUCCUGCAGUGGAACAGGAGUGAUGAGUCUCUCAGGAGUGUGACUUUUUCAUUUGAUUAUCAAAAAUCUGGGACGGAUAAUUGGAUAAAAUUGCCUGGGUGUCAGAAUAUUACUAGUACCAAAUGCAACUUUUCUUCAGUCAAGUUGAAUGUUUAUGAAGAAAUUAAAUUGCGUAUAAGAGCAGAAAAAGAAAACACUUCUUCAUGGUAUGAGGUUGACCCAUUUACACCAUAUAACAAAGCUCAAAUUGGUCCUCCAGAAGUACAUUUGGAAGCUGAAGAUAAGGCAAUAAUGAUAAACAUCUCUCCUCCUGGAACAAAAAAUAGUGUCAUGUGGGCUUUGGAUGGUUCAGGCUUUAGAUACAGCUUAGUUAUCUGGAAAAACUCUUCAAGUGGAGAAGAAGAGAUUGAAAAUAUUUAUUCCAUACAUAAAAUUUAUAAACUUUUACCAGAGACUACCUAUUGUUUAAAAGUUAAAGCAGCACUACCUAUGGCAUGGAAAGUUGGUAUCUAUGGUCCAGUAUAUUGUAUAAAGACCACAGUUGAAAACAAACUACCUCCACCAGAAAAUAUACAAGUCAGUGUUCAAAAUGAGAGCUAUGUUCUUAAGUGGGAUUAUGCAUAUGCAAACGUGACCUUUCAAGUUCAGUGGCUCCACGCCUUUUUAAAAAGGAAUCCUGUGAACCAUUCAUAUAAAUGGAAACAAAUGCCUAAUUGUGAAAAUGUCAAAACUACCCAGUGUGUCUUUCCUCAAAACAUUUUCCCAAAAGGAAUUUACUUUCUCCGCGUACAAGCAUCUGAUGGAAAUAACACAUCUUUUUGGUCUGAAGAGAUAAAGUUUGAUACUGAAAUACAAGCUUUCCUACUUCCUCCGGUCCUUAAAGUUAGAUCCACUAGUGAUUCAUUACAUAUCUAUAUUGGUGCUCCAGAACAGUCGGGAAGCAAGCCUGUGAACCAGGAUUAUCCACUCACUUAUGAAAUUAUUUUUUGGGAAAACACUUCAAAUGCUGAGAGAAAAAUUUUCAAGGAAAAAACUGAUUUUAUUGUUCCUAAUUUGAAACCACUGACUGUAUAUUGUGUCAAAGCCAGAGCACACACCAUGGAUGAAAAGUGGAAUAAAAGCAGUGCUUUUGGUGAUGUUGUGUUUGUGAAAACAAAGCCAGGAAAUGCGUCUAACAUUUGGCUUAUAGCUGGAAUUGGUACUGUAUCAAUUACUAUCCUAGCUGUCAUUUAUGUUGUGAAAGUUCUCCUGAGAUGCAUCAAUUAUGUGUUCUUUCCAUCACUUAAACCUUCUUCCAAUAUAGAUGAGUAUUUCUCUGAACAGCCAUUAAAGAAUCUUCUGCUUUCAACUUCUGAAGAACAAAUUGAAAAAUGUUUUAUAAUUGAAAAUAUAAGCACAAUUGCUACAGUAGAAGAAACUAAUCAAACUGAUGAAGAUCAUAAAAAAUACAGUUCCCAAAACUGCCAGGAUUCAGGAAAUUAUUCUAAUGAAGAUGAAAGUGAAAGUAAAACAAGUGAAGAACUACAGCAGGACUUUGUAUGACCGGAAAUGAACUCUGUAAAGCAUAAGGUUUUUCUGCAGGAGUCACACUGGGAGCCUGAGCUCCUUGCCUUCCUCUCAGUCACUGCAAAGAGGACAUUUGCUUGUUUGGGGGAAGAAAAAACAUCUUCAGUUAUAGAUCCUAAACAUACAGGUAAGCACUUAACUAUUUAAAAAUGAAACUACGCCAGGCGCAGUGGCUCAUGCCUGUAAUCCCAGCACUUUGGGAGGCCAAGGUGGGCAGAUCACCUGAGGUCAGGAGUUCAAGAACAGCCUGGCCAACAUGGUGAAACCCCGUCUCUACUAAAAACACAAAAAUUAGCCGGGUGUGGUGGUGCAUGCCUGUAAUCCCAGCUACCGGGGAGGCUGCGACAGGAGAAUUGCUUGAAACUGGGAGGUGGAGGUUGCAGUGAGCCAAGAUUAUGCCACUGCACUCCAGCCUGGGCGACAGAGUGAGACUCCCUCUCAAAAAAAAAAAAAAAAAAAAAAAGGAAGAAGAGAAAUUGCAAGAGUUGAGACAAACAUUUCCUACAUUCUUUUCCAUGUGUAAAAUCUUGAAAAAGCCUGUCACUGGACUUGCAUUGGAUGAGAUGAGUCACAUCAAAAUGAUGGCCACCCGUCUCCCUCCUGCCAGCCCAAGUGCCACUGAGCUAGCCAUGCACUGUGGCUAAGGAUGGCAGCUGUGUUCCUGUCACCGGUGCUGCUGCCCACUGCAUGUGUCCUACCUGUCUGCUGGCAUUCCUAGCAUUCUAUUUCAUUCUUCCUCAGGAGAGAUUUCAGACAUCUGGUCUUUUCUUUUAACACUGAGGUAGGCCCUUAGGAAGUUUAUCUAGGAAAGUCUGAACACAUUAUCACUUGGUUUUCUGGAAAGUAGCUUACCCCAGAAAGCAGCUGCAGGUGCCAGAAAGAUGCUCUCUAAAAAUGUUCAGAGACUUCCGUUUGUUUAUCCCGAGAACGUUGGUUUCCACAUCACAGUAUCUACCCUUACAUGGUUUAGGAUUAAAGCCAGGCAAUCUUUUACUAUUCAUUAACACUUCCGAUUCAAAACUUACCAGAACAAUAGCUUCUGGCUGGAAUUUGCAGUCACUGAAGUCAUAGAAAAUAGGUAACUAAUUAGAGAAAUGAUGGUUAUAUUUAAGGUCUGAGAGUGUGUACAAGUUUUAAUAUACAUGCCAUGCCAGGAGACAGUGUAUGCAAGAAGCCUUGGGACCAGAAAGUGGCAGUGCUGGGAGACUGACACAGAAGAAGAAGACUUCCGCAGGAAAGAGGUUGCUGGCUCUGGUGCAAGAGGAAGAAUGCGUUCCAUGGGAGCCUGUGCCGCCUCUUCAGCUCUCAGUGAUUCACACACUCUUGUUAUGGCUCAUCUGUGUCACUUUCAGUACCAAGCUGGCUUCUCUGCAAUUGCCUAGCAGUAUUCAGAUACCCCUUCUACUCAGCCUGCUUGGCUUUAAAAUACAAAUCAUUGAACUGAGGGAAAAAAGGUAACUAGGAAGAAAAAUCUAAUUUAAGAAAUCACAUAAUGCUUUCCAAAGGCACUUACAAUUUAUUUUUAAAUUACUUGCUAUUUGGAAUUACCCAUGGAUAUCCUUAAUAGGCAGGAAGUCUGGGAAUUCUGGUGGCCUCUAGAGCAGAGUUCUCAUAGCACUGUCUGGCAGGGACCAGGUGAAAGAGAAAGGAGACAGAGUUAAGAGCGUGCUGGGGAGCAGCCAUUGCUAAGGCCAGUCUGAUUUCAGUAGUCAUUUCUGCUCAGAUAGCAGAUUGUCCUGGUGGAAGAAAAGGUUGAAGGCAGCUGCCUUAGGGGGGAGCUGUGAGCUCAGCUCAUCCGGGGCACAUACACCAGUCUGCAGGCCACAGCAUGCGUGUUCCCGGAUCUGCCGCCUGGCUUCUGGAGUGGUUCAAGCAGAGCAUAGUGGGCCAUUGAGGAGACCCAGGAAUCUCUGAGAUACAGCUCUCUGCUGGAGAACCCCACGGUGACACCUUUUCAUCUUCCUGACCAGAGGCGUUUGGUUUGAAGUACAUCUGCUGUGUUGGCCUGACCUUUGUAAAAGCGCUGUCACUUUGGAAGUUUGCCCUUUGAAGAGGCGAUUGGGAACAUCUCACGACUCCCUGCCACCAUUGCUUCUCAGACCACCCAAUUCAAGGAUCCUGUCCAGAACUUCCAGCCCUGUGUUCUUCAGUGGGAAAACACGCUUCAGACUGGUUAGCCUAAAAAGGAGCAAUGCCUUUGCAGGAUGUGGAGAAGGGAAAAUACGGAAAUUAACAUUAAAA